CGCAACGUUAACGAUAAUUUUCCAAGCACGUGAACAUUUGACGGAUCAUUUUGGGCUCAGCAAUUGCUACAAAAAUAAGUAAAAUGGUAUAGCAAACAAUGAGUCAUCUAACUUCGGAAGAUUUUUCUGAAAUAACAUCGGAGGAUCAGUAUCCGGAAACGCUGAGUAUAUGCUCGAUAAGCCAAUGGAAACAGAACUGGAAAUGUGUUCUUCUAACGUGUUUAAUAUUCUCCUGCCUUUUAUCCGUCCUGUUAUGUCAUCGUCAGAUAUCGAAUCAGGUGGCAAUAAACCAAGAAAACAGUUCGAAUAAAAACAUGCGUUGGAUGUUGAUCUGCUGUUCGAUCAUAUUAUACUCGUUGUACUUGAUGGAAUGCAGUUAUGCAACCGAUAAAAUCCAACUCUGCACUCAGAACAUAACCAACAUCGAACAAAUUAAGGAGAAAAUAAACAAAAUGAAGAACUCGGAUCCGGUCAUCUGGUGGAAGGCUACUUGCUACCAUUAUGCUAGGCGAAAACGUCGAACGACGCAAUACAGACGAGGCACGUAUUUCGUUUCGACGAAAGUCUAUCAAGAGCGAGUAAACUCAUUUACAUCCAGUUCGAGCUUCAAUUUUUCAUGCUGCGGGGUAAAAGACAUAUCGAAUAAUUUGAUACUGGAUCAAUCGAGCGGACCAAUAAUAAAGUUUCGUUUUAGUAAAGGAUUCGCAUUUGCUAAUAUGGCCAGUGCGGUAGAGUUCGAAGAGCAGAGAUCGAUGUUUUUUAGAGAAUUACGAAGAUACGAUGAUUACAUGGAGAUCCACGAAGGGUUGGAUUUAACCGAUUGUCCAGUUUUCGAAGAGGAAAUCGUCGCGUUGAAUACGACCGGUGAACGACCCUGGUUCGCUAAUCCGUUUUAUUACUGGUUGUAUUCGUGUUUCUUGCUGUCGUGGCCGUAUCGAUUAGUUCUUUCUUAUAACACAGCACAUGUACAUUAUAAAAUCACCAAACUAUUCGGUACGAACUACACUAAUUUAUCAGAUUCGGCUCAACAUCUCGCCCUGCUGCAGCUGUACGGUUCUUACAGCGUAGACGAAAACGACGAAACUCCAGUCUGGUCCGAAAUAGCAACACUGGACGAAUCUACCAACGACGUGAACCGUAUAACAUCAGCAUUGGUUCCAAGCUACUCGGAAGCUUUACUCUUAGACGAUCACCAAGCCCUCAUACCGGAAACGCAAUCGGUACGCGAUGUUUCACUGGAUGACCUAACCAACAACAAAGAUACAAUUUGGUCACAAAGACGAAGAAGUCGUUACGCCUCAGCGGGUGUUUUACAAACACAGUUCAACGAAUCGACCGAUUCGGAUAUAGUACAGCCUUUCUUACCUGAAACCAGCGUUGAUAAUCCUCCGACUUAUGAAGAAGCACUCAUGUUUCCCAUUGUCGAACAUCCGGCUGUCGGCCAUCUUAGACAAUCAGAAGCAGAAAUGACCAAUUCACCGAGCAAUCAAACCAAUCUUCAGUCUCCCAGUCAUGCUCAAAAUGAAACAAGACUGCCAAAUUCUCGCACUUUUUUAUCUAUUGAAACGAGUUUAUGAAUCAGCCUUAUAUAAAUGUAAAAUAAUAUCGUGUUCGUGCUCGAGCUAAAGCUAUUAUAAAAAUGCUAGAGCCGAAGACGAUGGUUUUACCUGCGAUUUUUUUCUCUAGUAACGUAGUCUGUUCCAUACGUCGUCGUUCACACCAACGCUGCAAAUUAUUAAUCAAAACAAUAGCGAAUUAUUAAUCAAAAUGUUUUCCUUACCACGUUAACUCUUUUACCAUACUUAAUUACUAUUUAAUUCGAUAAAUUACCAUGAAUCAGAGACGCACAAAUUCAAACUAAAACGUUAAAAAUUCCUUUGAUUGAACGUAACGGUUAAAAUUUUCGGUUUACAAAAGAAAUCGCCAUAAAUGACGUCAGCAAAGUAAUACUGAAAUCUGAUUGGUCGAUUUGUUAUCAUCGUCCAAUCAGAAUUCGUUUACUAAUUUAACAACCCUAUCAAGUUUCAACACAACUAACCCUUUUCCAAAUUCUUCAUUCUUGUUUCUUACUCAGCUCUUUUGAAUUCUACGAUCAAAUUAAUUAAUUCCGUUGAUUUAUUUAAUGAAAACUAUACAAUUACCGAAUUACUCGAACGUUCAACUUCAACUCCAUUCAUUUUCACGUUAAAAAACAAUCAUAAUAUUAUCGGUCGUGUUGAAAAAACAAACGUCCGUUGGCAUUUUUUUUCCUAGCGAGUUUAUUUUUUAGAAAGGUACCUACAGCUCAAUUUAUAUACGUUUACUCAGUAUACAUAGUUUUUCGACGAGUUAAUUAAUCAGCGCAAUUAUUGAAAGAUUUUAACUUCUAGCAAAAUAAUUUAUGUAAAAAUUUCCUUUUUAGAAAAUUAUACGUAACGAAUUAUUAUUGUUUUUUUGUCAUUUUUUUACAUGCGUUUUGCAUGUAGCCUGUUCGAAAGGCGUGCAUUGUCUCGCGUGUUAUGUUGCUUGUUUUUAUUAUUGUUUUUCCUCUAAUUUUUUUCUUUUUUUAAAAAUAUAUUACAAACUUUUGAAACA